AUGGAAGACUAUGAAACUGUGGCACUCACUGAAGAAUGUAGUGCAAUAUUGCAAAGGAAGCUGCCCCAAAAGUUGAGAGAUCUGGGGAACUUUACUAUACCUUGCACAAUUGGAAAAUUUGAGUGUAAGCAUGCCUUGUGUGAUUUGGGGGCGAGUAUUUAUCUGAUGUCUUUAUCUGUGUUCAGAAGACUUGGUUUGGGUGAAGCAAGACCAACAACAGUUACUCUACAGUUGGCAGAUCGAUUGAUGAAGCAUCCAUGGGGUAUCAUUGAAGAUGUUCUUGUGAAGGUGGAUGAGUUUAUUUUUUCUGCUGAUUUUAUUGUUCUUGAUAUGGAGGAGGAUGUAGACGUGCCUAUCAUUCUUGGAAGACCAUUCCUAGCCACAUGCCAAGCUCUCAUUGAUGUUCAGAAGGGUGAAUUGAAGCUUUGGGUUCAAGGAGAAGCGGUGGUAUUCAAUGUCUUCAGGGCAAUGACGGUGAGUAGUGAUGCCUCAGAGGCAGCGUUGAUAGGUGGUGAGGAAGAUGAUGGUGAUGUUGAGAUGAAAGAAUAUGUGAAUUGGAUUAACUCUUAUCAACUGUACAGGAAGAAGUCUGAAGAGUUGGUAGAGGGACUUGAAUGA